GAAAGGAGGGAACCCGGGCGGGAGGGAACGCAGGCUGCAACCUUCGGGACGCUCUUCUUAGAGAUGAUUCUUUGAAUGCGCAUGAUGCGGAGUUGCAGCAACAGGAGAAAGACCAGCUUCUGUCAGAGAAGAAUGCAUUACCUUUCCGAGUCCACUUUCAGAUCAGUUGUGGAGUCAUAGGGGCACUUUUGGACUGAGCUGUGAUUUCGAGGAUCUCAGGUGCUGAAGUAACGGAGCAGGCAGGACCAGAGUUUUGGAGAUGCAAUCUAAGGCAAAGUGACCUAGGGUAAAAUUGUGAAGAGUUGUCAGGGGAUCGGAUAUCUAGAUAGAAGUAACUCUUUCUAGAAAUGUGUUAUUUAACCAGAUCUCAGAAAAAGGAUAAGAGUGUUGUGACUGGGCACUAAGUGAUGUAGUUGGUACUUGGAAUCUGGUUAUCUUGACUUCCAGUUUAAGGUCCUCAACCGUAAGGAGGUGUAGAUCACCGAAGUGUGAACUACACAAGCAGUUGUUUUAUUCUCACUAUGUCUUUAAAUCAUUGAUUCCCAACCCCGUAUCCACAUUGGUAUUUUCUUGUGGCCCUCUAUGAUGUAUUUUCAGCAUGGCAGCCUGGUGACAUCUGUUUUCAGGAGCUUCUACAUGAGUUGGCUGCCUUUAAUGGUUGUAUUUUUUUUCUGAGAAGGGACAGAGGGUUACAAAGAUUAUUUUAAAGUGUUCUUUGUCUUCAAGUAGCUUUUUGGAGCGUGCAUAAUGCAUGUGGAUAUAAUACAGACUAAGUAUGAAAAUAUGUGGAAGAUGUGUCUGAAAUAAGACAUUAGUGAGAGUUGCUUUUUGUUGUGGUUUGUUUUUUUAAAUGUGUCUGGGUGUUUUGUCUAUGUGUAUGUCUGUGCGCCAGUGAGGUGCCUGGUGCCCACAGAGGCCAGAAGAGAGAGCCAGAGCCCCUGGAACUGGAAUUAGAGAUAGUUGUGAACUACCAUGUGGGUGCUGGGAGUCAAACCUGGGAUCUUUGUAAGAGCAGCCAGUGCUCUUAACCUCUGAAUCAUUUCUCCAGCAUCCCCUGUGAGAGAAUUUUUCUGCUUGGGCAAAUGUGUAUAUUUUGAUAAAGAGAUGACCAAGAGUUUAGAUUGGUGCUAUUUAUUUAUGGACACCAGGUUGGACAGUUGGCUUUUUAAGGAAGGUAGGGCAGAUCCAUUGACAAUUCAGUUGGAGAACUGAUCUGUAAAGUUUAUCUGACAGUAAUGUAUAGUUGAAAAAAUAGAAAACCAAGUUGGAGGGCUACAAUGGAUGAGUGAUAAGGAAUGUGUGAGCUCGGAUAUGGAAAGAAAAAAAAACAUUGAGGAGACAGUGUUGGCAGAAUUUGAGUGUAGUGGUUUUGAGAAGAUGAACUAAAAAUAAUGAUGCUAUUGAUAAGAUGUAAGGACAUUUGAAAGGUAGCUUGGAUAUGUUGAAUGUAGACUGAGCUUGGGAGACAAGUGUUGACUUCUGAUCACCAUUCCUUUUGACUUAUUGAAACCCUGUGAAGAAGUGGAAGGGAGAAGAUGAGAGGGACAGAAAAGAAAAUUGCCAGGGACAAGACCUUUGGUUACUUACUUGUAUUUGGAGGAAAAGCGAUGAGCAAAUGAUUAUAAAUUGUAUAUGCAGUGCUUCCAUGAACUAGGCACGUUUUCAGAUACCUUCCAUGUAGUUCCCUAUGUGCAUCAGCUAGAAGAGGAUCCAGAGUCCUUUGGGCAGAACUAUCCAGAGGAAGCGGAUGGGACUUUGGAUUGCAUUAGCAUGGCCCUGACGUGCACCUUUAACAGGUGGGGCACGCUGCUUGCAGUUGGCUGUAAUGAUGGCCGAAUUGUCAUUUGGGACUUCUUGACAAGAGGCAUUGCUAAAAUAAUUAGUGCACACAUCCAUCCAGUCUGUUCUUUGUGUUGGAGUCGAGAUGGUCAUAAGCUCGUGAGUGCUUCUACAGAUAACAUAGUGUCACAGUGGGAUGUUCUUUCAGGCGAUUGCGACCAGAGGUUUCGAUUCCCUUCACCCAUCUUAAAAGUCCAAUAUCAUCCUCGAGAUCAGAACAAGGUUCUCGUGUGUCCCAUGAAAUCUGCUCCUGUCAUGUUGACCCUUUCAGAUUCCAAACAUGUUGUUCUGCCGGUAGACGACGACUCCGAUUUGAACGUGGUGGCUUCUUUUGAUAGGCGAGGGGAAUAUAUUUAUACAGGAAAUGCAAAAGGCAAGAUCUUGGUCCUGAAAACAGACUCUCAGGAUCUUGUUGCUUCCUUCCGAGUCACAACAGGAACAAGCAAUACCACAGCCAUUAAGUCCAUUGAGUUUGCCCGGAAGGGGAGUUGCUUUCUAAUUAACACAGCAGAUCGAAUAAUCAGAGUUUAUGACGGCAGAGAGAUUUUAACGUGUGGAAGGGAUGGAGAGCCUGAGCCUAUGCAGAAACUGCAGGACUUAGUGAACAGGACCCCAUGGAAAAAAUGUUGCUUCUCUGGGGAUGGGGAAUACAUAGUGGCGGGCUCUGCCCGGCAGCAUGCACUGUAUAUCUGGGAAAAGAGCAUUGGCAACCUGGUGAAGAUCUUGCAUGGAACCAGAGGAGAACUCCUGCUGGAUGUGGCUUGGCAUCCAGUUCGACCUAUCAUAGCUUCUAUUUCCAGUGGAGUGGUGUCCAUUUGGGCCCAAAAUCAAGUAGAAAACUGGAGUGCAUUUGCACCAGAUUUCAAAGAGUUGGAUGAAAAUGUAGAAUAUGAGGAAAGAGAAUCAGAGUUUGAUAUUGAAGAUGAGGAUAAGAGUGAGCCUGAGCAAACAGGGGCUGAUGCUGCUGAGGAUGAGGAAGUAGAUGUCACCAGCGUGGACCCUAUUGCUGCCUUCUGUAGCAGUGAUGAAGAGCUGGAAGAUUCAAAGGCUCUGUUGUAUUUACCCAUUGCCCCUGAGGUAGAAGACCCUGAAGAGAAUCCAUAUGGCCCCCCGCCGGAUGCAGUCCCAACCUCCUUGAUGGAUGAAGGGGCUAGUUCAGAGAAGAAGAGGCAAUCUUCAGCAGAUGGGUCCCAGCCACCAAAGAAGAAACCUAAAACGACCAAUAUAGAACUCCAAGGAGUGCCGAAUGAUGAAGUCCAUCCACUACUGGGGGUGAAGGGGGAUGGCAAAUCCAAGAAGAAGCAAGCAGGCCGGCCUAAAGGAUCAAAAGGUAAAGAGAAAGAGUCUCCAUUUAAACCGAAACUCUACAAAGGGGACAGAGGUUUGCCUCUGGAAGGCUCAGCGAAGGGUAAAGUGCAGGCGGAACUCAGCCAGCCCCUGGCAGCAGGAGGAGCGAUCUCAGAACUGCUAUGAAGACGGUGAAACUCAUCGUUUUUCUCAUGCUGUCGUCAGGUAGCCUUUGGACAGUGCGGCCAGUCAUUUGAGAUUGGCUUUAAUCGAAAACAAAGGCCUCUGCCUCCCACCCAGGAGGUGGAAGGAGGAUUUUAUGUUUGAAUGAAGAAGUGAAUUAUGGAAGAAGAGCACAGGUCCCUGCCUUCCCUUUCAAGCAUAAGUCCAAAUAGGCUCUCAGGAAUGAGGAUACGUGAAGACGUCGGGAGAUCUGACUCACUUCAGCUUCACACUUGGUUGUGUUGCUGGUGAAAAAUGCCCGUGUUUUGUUCACCUGACUGUUGAAGUCACAUCCUUUGGACAUGUCAUCCCCAUCUCCUGCUGCCUUCCAUCCUCAAUGCAUGUCCUUGUGACUUGUUCUUUUCUGAAAUUUCGCUACCAGUGUCCUAGGAAACCCGGUGCAUUUUCUGUUUCUUUCAUUCAUAACUCCCCUUCUCAGAUGCUUCCUGUAUUUCUAUAUUGUGUAUAAAGGUUGGACAGAGAAGCGAGUGCUUGAAAGAUUUCAAAUUGGCAGAAAAGGAAGGAAUCUAGAAGGCCCCUGUCAUUCUGUCUCGGGAGGCUGGGCUCUAGAGAAGCUGGGGUUUCCCUUGCAUUGCAUGUUUUCCAGUAUCAGAUCUGUUUGAUAAUCAUGGUUUUUGGAUAUGAUUAGUUUUACCCAUCUCCAGCUAAGGAUCAUCAGUAGUUUGUGUAUUACUUUAUCCAUGUUGACUUCCAGAGUUAGAAACAAAGCAAGGUGUGUUUCUCCACAAGCUUCUGUAUCAUGGGGGUGGGGCACCUAUUCGAGGACUGACGUGAAACCCCCAAAAUCAAAGCAGCAGCAGCUCGCUUCAAAUCAAAGAUGAGGUUCAUUCGUUCAAUCAUUGCCUGUGGAGAACCUGUCCGCACCAGCCCUAGUGUGUCUCUCUUCCUGGAGCCAGGCCCCCUGUGUUUUCACACACUUCCUUUCUGUGAAAGGUUGCUUAGCUUUUUUUUACCCUUCUCUUUCUCACCCUGGCUCUCUCUGCAUUUGCUGUUCUUUUAAUAAAAAUAGCAAAUUGGAUGGA